AUGUACAGAGAGAGUCUGCUUACCUCCAUGUUUAACUCCUCAUUUGUUCGACCUGCAAAGUUUUAUCUUGGUGGGUUUUAUAACAUCCCUCAUGUUAAGUAUUACUAUGUCUUCUUGUGCUUUGUGUACAUCAUGGCCGUCCUUGGCAAUGGUUUCCUCCUAUCUGUUAUCUACAUGGUGAAGACUCUACAUAGUCCUAAAUAUAUAAUAGUUUUCAACUUGGCUUUCACAGAUCUAUGUGGGAGCACUGCUCUCAUCCCAAAACUCUUGGACUCAUUUUUAUUUAACAGGAGAUACAUUGUUUAUGAAGCCUGCUUAGCUUACAUGUUCUUUGUUUUGUUAUUCGGAGGUAUACAGGCAUGGACGCUUGUCACAAUGGCAUAUGACAGAGUAAUAGCAAUUUGCUUCCCUUUAAGGUAUCACAGCAUUGUAACUACAAAAUCUGUUGCUGUAAUCCUGCUGUGUUCUUGGAUGUUUUUGGUUGGUUUCAUGGCAACUUUGGCUGGUUUUAUUGAUCGCCUCUCGUUCUGUUCGUCUACAGAGAUUAAAAGCUUCUUCUGUGAUCAUGGACCAAUAUAUCAGCUGGCCUGUAACGAUAAAUCUUACAGUCACAUAUUGGCUAUUGCUGGCCUUAUCGUGGUGAUGUGCAUUCCCCUCAUUCUGAUAGUUGGCUCUUAUGUUUGCAUUUCCAUCGCUUUGUCCAGGACUAUUUCAAGAGAGGAAAGACUCAGAGCUUUAGAAACAUGUACUUCUCACCUGAUUCUUGUUGCCAUUUUUUUUCUUCCAUUUAUGGGCACCACAAUAACUGUACUGACUUCCUACAUUCAUCCAAAUGCAAGAAUGAUAAACUCAAGUUUGACACUCACAGUUCCCCCUCUGCUCAAUCCUAUUAUCUACUCUUUGAAGACAGAAGAAGUGAGGAAUGCCAUUAGGAAACUUUGCAGAAGAGGCAAAAUGAGGAAAAUCAAUGCAAAAUGA